AUGGAACAUCACGAUCAAAUGGAGCAUCGCGAAAGCGACAGCGGCUACUACUUAACGCAAGACGAUGGCGUCUGGAUGACCGCCUCGAGUUUCACCAUCUUCACAAUGACCGCAGGUGAGACGCAGAGGAGGGCGUAUGGCGGCAAACGGUGGCCAGCGUUCCCGUCGGUCCCGUGGUGUAGCGGUUAGCACUCAGGACUCUGAAUCCUGCGACGGGAGUUCAAAUCUCCCCGGGACCUUUCUUCUUUUUGCCAUUUUUCUCUUCGAUCUUCCUGCUUCUUCUCGCGUUUCUCAUUGAUUUCUUGCAAAAAUAAAUGCUUUGAUUUUAGUUUAUUGGUCCCGUGGCGUAGCGGUUAGCACUCAGGACUCUGAAUCCUGCGACGGGAGUUCAAAUCUCCCCGGGACCUUUUUCCUUUUUGCCAUUUUUCUCUUCGAUCUUCCUGCUUCUUCUCGCGUUUCUCAUUGAUUUCUUGCAAAAAUAAAUGCUUUGAUUUUAGUUUAUUGGUCCCGUGGCGUAGCGGUUAGCACUCAGGACUCUGAAUCCUGCGACGGGAGUUCAAAUCUCCCCGGGACCUUUCUUCUUUUUGCCAUUUUUCUCUUCGAUCUUCCUGCUUCUUCUCGCGUUUCUCAUUGAUUUCUUGCAAAAAUAAAUGCUUUGAUUUUAGUUUAUUGGUCCCGUGGUGUAGCGGUUAGCACUCAGGACUCUGAAUCCUGCGACGGGAGUUCAAAUCUCCCAGGACCUUUCUUCUUUUUUUGCCAUUUUUCUCUUCGAUCUUCCUGCUUCUUCUCGCGUUUCUCAUUGAUUUCUUGCAAAAAAAUAAAUGCUUUGAUUUUUAGUUUAUUGGUCCCGUGGUGUAGCGGUUAGCACUCAGGACUCUGAAUCCUGCGACGGGAGUUCAAAUCUCCCCAGGACCUUUUUUUCCUUUUUUUGCCAUUUUUUUCUCUUCGAUCUUCCUGCUUCUUCUCGCGUUUCUCAUUGAUUUCUUGCAAAAAAAUAAAUGCUUUGAUUUUUAGUUUAUUGGUCCCGUGGUGUAGCGGUUAGCACUCAGGACUCUGAAUCCUGCGACGGGAGUUCAAAUCUCCCCAGGGACCUUUUCUUCCUUUUUGCCAUUUUUUUCUCUUCGAUCUUCCUGCUUCUUCUCGCGUUUCUCAUUGAUUUCUUGCAAAAAAAUAAAUGCUUUGAUUUUUAGUUUAUUGGUCCCGUGGCGUAGCGGUUAGCACUCAGGACUCUGAAUCCUGCGACGGGAGUUCAAAUCUCCCCGGGACCUUUUUCCUUUUUGCCAUUUUUCUCUUCGAUCUUCCUGCUUCUUCUCGCGUUUCUCAUUGAUUUCUUGCAAAAAUAAAUGCUUUGAUUUUAGUUUAUUGGUCCCGUGGCGUAGCGGUUAGCACUCAGGACUCUGAAUCCUGCGACGGGAGUUCAAAUCUCCCCGGGACCUUUUUCCUUUUUGCCAUUUUCUUCCUUGACUUUCCUGUUUCCUUCUGCACCUCCCAUUUAUUCAUUGCAAGAAUCAGAAGUUUAGGCUUCGGGCUGUUGGAAUCUGGACGAGUUUCAUCGAAAGAUGAGGUCAAUGUGAUGGUCAAGAACGUCAUCGAUGUCAUUUUUUUGGUGGUGAAUUCCAUAAAAUGA